AAAAUAAAACUGCCUCUGAAGUAAACAAAGGCUUGAAUUUUUUGCAUUCGCUGCAUUUCUCAGGAUCAAGAAUCUAUCUUUGGCUUCUAUAAUAGUUUUGUUUGAUGCACAGAAUAAAGGACUUAACUUUCUACAUGAAAAUCCUUUGACAAUCGAGCAUAAAAUUAUUUUUUAAACGCCACUUCAACAAAUCAAUAGGAUGGAAGAUUUGAACCAACUGCUCAAAGUUUCCGAUCAGCCUUGUCAGGCCAAAAACGAGCCGGUUGGCAAAAGAACUUACAGUUGCGGUAUCUGCGGCAAAAGCUUUAACAUGAAGAGUCACCUUACGGAACACGUUCGCAUUCAUACGGGAGAGAAACCCUUUAAAUGUGACCACUGCGGUUCACAAUUCAGGACCGGCAGCAAUCUUAAAAUACACGUGCGAAAGCAUUCCGGCGAGCGGCCACAUGUUUGCGUGGAGUGCGGUGAAGGAUUCAUACGCAGGUACCAAUUAACGAACCAUGAGAAAUGUCACAUAGACAAAAAACCUUUCAAAUGCGAUGUCUGUUGCAAAGCAUUCUCAUCUAAACCCGCUCUUAUGCAGCACAAACGUAUUCACGUAAACCGGAGACAGUUCGAGUGUGACCUCUGCGGAAAACUGUUUCACACUAAGAGUUGUUUGAUUCAACACAGUCGAGUGCACACAGGAGAAAGACCUUUCAAAUGCGAUUUAUGUGAUAAAUCAUUUGCCUCAAGUAGCGCGGCUAAAAAUCAUCGACUGAUUCAUACCGGUGAAAAAUCACACAAAUGCGAUGAAUGCGACAAACAAUUCAUUUCCAGCAGCACUUUGACUAAACAUCAACGAACUCACACAGGAGAACGACCGUACGGAUGUACGUUUUGCGGUAAAAUGUUUACCGAAAGUGGCAGCUUGAAGCAUCACAUACGCAUCCACACAGGAGAUAGGCCCUAUAAGUGUGACAUCUGCGGCAAGGAAUUUAUCGCCAGCAGUUCGAUGAAAAUCCAUCGGCGUAUUCAUACCGGCGAAAGGCCAUAUCGGUGUGAGUUAUGUGGAACGGGAUUCCUCACCAGCAGCAACCUCGUCCAGCACAUGUCGUUUCACGAGAAAGAGGGUACGCAUCGGUGCGACGUAUGCGGUGAAUGUUUCCUUCAUCUAAGUCAAUUUGUUGCACAUAAACAGACGCAUGAACAAAGCAUAGUAGUACUGAAACAGGAAAUCGACAUUCCCAAUAAGUCGUUCCUACCGUCUAAAGCUUCCGAUCAAUCCUGUGAGGCCCAUAUCGAUCCGGUUAGCAAAAGACCUUACAGUUGCGAUAUCUGCGGCAAAAACUUUGAAGAGAAAAGUUCCCUUACGGCACACUUUCGCAUUCAUACUGGAGAGAAACCCUUUAACUGUGACCAAUGCGGUUCGCAGUUCAAGACCGGUAGUAAUCUUAGAAUACAUGUACGGAAGCAUUCCGGCGAGCGGCCACAUGUUUGCGAGGAGUGCGGUGAAGGAUUCAUACGCAGGUACGAAUUAACAAAUCAUAAGAAAUGUCACAUCGAGGAAAACCCUUUCAAAUGCGAUGUGUGUGGCAAAGCAUUCACAUCUAAACGCUAUCUUACACAACACAAACGUAUUCACAUUAACCGAAAAGAGUACGAAUGUGACCUCUGUGGUAAACUUUUCUUUACUAACAGUUGCUUAAAUCAGCACAGUCGAGUGCACACAAAAGAAAGACCAUAUAAAUGUGAUUUAUGUGAUAAAUCGUUUACCACGAGCAGCGCGGUUAAAAAACAUCGACAAAUCCAUAUCGGUGAAAGAUCACACAAGUGCGAUGAAUGCGAUAAACAAUUCAUUUUCAGUAGCACCUUAAUUAAACAUAAACGAACUCACACUGGAGAACGACCGUUCGGGUGUCAGUUCUGCGGCAAGAUGUUUACUGCAAAAAGCGGCUUAACGUACCACUUACGCAUCCACAUGGGAGAUAGGCCCUAUAGCUGUGACAUCUGCGGCAAGGAAUUUGUCACCAGCAGUGUGAUGAAAAUCCAUCGGCGUAUUCAUACCGGCGAGAAACCAUUUCAGUGUGCGGUAUGUGAAAAAGGAUUCCCCACCAGCAGCAACCUCGUUCAGCACAUGACAUUUCACGGUAAAAAGGGUAGACAUCAUUGCGACGUAUGUGGUAAAAGUUUCCACCAUUCAAAACGAUUCGCAGCGCACAAACAAACGCAUAAAUAAAAUAUAGCAUUGAAAUAAUAUAUUUUAAUU